GACAACAUCAGGAAGGACAGCAAACUCACUGACAUUCAGCAACAACGAUGAUGAUCUGGGCAGUGGUUGCUGUUGUCUUGUUGGCGACAAGUCCAUGUGUGGCAGCGGAGGAAGUGAGCGAGUUUGUGGUGCGGGAUGGCAGCCAGCUCAAGCUCAAGGGCAAGCCGUGGGUGUAUAGUGGUUGCAACAUGUAUUGGCUCGGACUGGAUUCCAACUGUGAGGCUGGACUGAACGAGAGCUGUAUCCACUACCCUUCCUUCUAUCGCAUCGAUGAUGCCAUCGAAACAGCGCAAGGGCUUGGGUUCUCUGUAAUCCGUGCACACACGCUGGGCAUCUCCAGUGGCUCGCAGUCCAACGGCUUGGCGCUGCACCCGAACCGCACCACCUACAACGACAAGGCCUUUGCCACCAUCGACUACGCCAUCUACAAGGCCAAGCUGGCUGGCAUCCGCCUCGUCGUCCCCUUUACUGACAACUGGGACUACUUCCACGGGGCGUACCGCAACUUUGUUGACUGGCGCGGGUACACAUGCAAGACGACGCAAGUGCCGUCACCUGGAUCGGACUGCAUUCGCUUCUACAAUGACCAGCAAGUGGUGGACGACUUCCACGACUACGUGGCGCACAUCCUGAACCACGUGAACAACUUUACGGGCGUUGCGCUCAAGCACGAGCCAGCGAUCCUCGCCUGGGAAACCGGCAACGAGCUGGCGGAGAAAGGCCCCAUCUUCAGCAACUGGACCAACGAUCUGGGUCGCUUCAUCAAGGUUGAUCUCGGCGCGAAGCAGCUCGUCAUGGAUGGACGGCAGGAGUGGUCAUAUGGGAUGGAGGCAGAUGCGCUUGCGUCGCCCUACAUUGACAUGUACACGGACCACUACUACAUGGACUGGGCAUCAGCAAUCAAACUUAUGCGCAAGGAUGGCGCUGCGGUGCAUGCUGCCAACAAGGUGUUUGUUGUUGGCGAGUAUGGCCCUGGCAAGUACACUGUGGACCAGGUGCAAUCAUUUCUGCACGCCGUUGAGACAGACACAGACACACAGGGCGCCCCGCUCGUCUCCGGCGAUACGUGGUGGUCGUUCUUUGGACAUGGGUCUGUGUAUGGGUUUGUGAACCACUCGGACGGCUUCACCAUCCACUACCCUGGAGAGGAUGCGCAGCACCACGCCAUGAUCAACGCCCUUCGCGAGCAUGCCUAUCGCAAGCGUGGCGUUCCUCUUCCCAGCAAGCUGCCGGUGCCUGGCACGCCCAGCAUCACGUUGGCCGAAGCGUCGGCACCAUCCCGCGGUGCCAAUGCCUGCAAGCACGUGAAGCUGACGUGGCGGGGAGCAGCAAUGGCGUGCAACUACACCAUUCAGCGCUCGCCCCAGCUGACACCGACCCCGGCCUGGACCACAAUAUGUAACGCGUGUGCAACAGACCUCAGCCCACCUUGGUGGGACAACACCACAUGCAUCGCUGCUGAUGCUGCUGAUGCUGCUGCUGGUGCUGCUGGUGCUGGUGGUGGUGGUUCCCAUUUGCCAUUUUACCGCCUUGCUGGUGUUUCAUGUGAUGGCCAACAAGGGCCCUACUCCUCCCCUGUCCAAGCCACAACAACAACUGCAACAACAACAACCGCAACCGCGGUGGGAGCCGCGUGAGGAGGCGAGAGGCAAGGGCGCUUGGCUCAACCUUCGUUCUUUGUUCUCUCACUAUGUGAUUCGUUUCCUCGGCUUACCUCUUGUUGUUCCAUUUCGUUACGUUCAUUCUCUGGCCGUGGUGGCCCUGCUUGGCAUCCACGUUACAAUCUGCUCGCCUGGUAUUGCUUCCCUCUGCAGCGCUUGCUUGCUUGGCCUUGCCUUGCCUUGCUUGUUUGGGUCAUCCAUCUGUCUGUCUGGCUGGCUGGUGUUGUUACCUGCAACGCCAUCCUCUGCUCACCCGACACAACAAAGCAGAUUCUGCAGAAGCAAUCACAGUCAGCAUUCUGCUGUUUCUUG